UUUGGGCUGCACCUCGUGGCAUGCGGGGAUCUAGUUCCCCAAGCUGGGAUCGAACCUGUGCCCCCCUGCAGUGGAAGUGCAGAGUCUUAACCACUGGACCGCCAGGGACGUCCCCCAAACCUGUGUUUUUAUCUCAGUUCCCCAGCCCAGAUUCUGUGUCCUUACUGGGUUUUGAGCAUUUAAAGGACUUCAGUACGAUCAAGAAUUUCCAUCUAUUUUGUUGAGAUUUGCUAACAUAAUUCAAUAAUGUCAUUUACUUUGUUAUGAUAAGGAUUAUAUUAUAGUGUAAAGGGGGAAUAAGGAACUACUCUGAGUAUUUUUCCAUAAAAGAUUUAGCUUGGAAACGUAGGCAGAUUUGCCCAUUGUAGUGUUUAUAGGAAGGCACAGUUAUAAUUAUAGUUGAAGGGGCAGACAGGCCAGCUUAAAUCGGAACUUCACAUUGUGGAAGCAUCUGGUUUGGAAAACAUCCACUGCAGACUCAAACCUUGACCCAGCUCUGGACAGUGGGGCGCAGGCAGGCCCCCGUCCUGGCCCCGAGUGCCUCUCAGUUGUAACUACUGCAUGUGUCAUGCAGAGGGGGGUUUGUCUGUUUUCCUCCUCACCAACUUUAUUUUCUACCACACUCCCCCAACCCAAAUAAAUAAUGACCUGUGCAUUUGAGGUAGAAUGUACAUUCUGUGAGAACGUCAUAUAGUGAUGUAAGCCUCCCAGGAGAGAACAAUAUCUCCACUCUGCCUGGACAAGUAUAUGUAAAAGACCUUGGUUUUUUGUUUGUUUUAAACAAAGGCAGCUUAUCUCCCUAGAGCCUCUGCCCUUCUGGUUCUACUAAUACCUAACAGGUUUUUUCUUUUUUAAUUAAAACAUAAUUACUUUCUAUAAAUUUAUAUAUGCUUAUUAUAAAUGAUUCAAACACUAUACACAAGUAGAAAGAGGAAAGUAAAAAAAAAAAAAGUCACGCCAUUGAGAGGUCGCUGUUAGCUUUGGGUGACCGUCCUUUCAGACUGCCCUGCUCACGGAUGGACAGAUGGGCAGAAAUCACUGUAUAAGUGGAUCUUAUUGUAAAUGCUGCUAUCACACAUCUCAGUUUUCUUUGAUUUUGAACAGAAAAGGAAACUGAAGUGAAACUGAGUACAUUUAUAAAAAUGUUUCAUUACCACAGAGAGAUGAUUUCCUGAAAAGAUUUCUCUAUGGUUAAGAAAAAGAAUCAUGAGAAACCAUCAAGAGGCUGGGACCCAGUUUUCAAUUUCAGGGUGUAUGGCUCCGCACGAGCCCUCCUCUCGCGCGAGUCCUCGGAUCAGUAGGACGGGGGGUGGAGAGUCAGACCGCGCGUCACCCAGCGUGGCUGCCACUUAAGCCUUGCUGAGUGUGGUGGGCAUGGUGCCCCGAGUCCUUUGCAAACGAUAGAACAAGGCUGGCUGCUUCCUCCCAGUUUUCCUCAGCUGGGAUGAUGAAAAGGAACGUUGGGGAGGAAGGUCUUUCUCUAAUGCAAUAUCAAAGGCGUGUUUGGGCGCUGAUGCUUGUGCUGGAAGAGCUUUAUCAGAGGCUUAAGAAAGAGGCUUUUCCCCACUUCAGCCUACGCCCUGGCCACCGCUCCCGCCACCACUGUCUCCACUGUCCACCUGGAGAGGGUGCGGGUGUGCCCUGGGUGGCCACUGAGAAUUUCCUGAUAGUCUUGUAAAAACAUCUGAGUACCCGGGGAUAGAAAGAGUACAGCCAGCAUAACGGUCGUCUCCAUCGGUUGGAAUUUUGUUUUGCCUCUGCAUUCUGUGCAUGACAUGUUGUAGGAGAAGUGAUUCUGACCUGACUUGGACCCCAGGAGAAUAAGCUUUAUUCGUAGAUAUAUUUUAGGGUGGAACUGUGAGGCAGGGAUCACCUGGGGGCUUUUGAAGACACUCUCUAGGCCUGGGUCCCCUCCUAGAGAACUGGGCUCAUCUGGGGCUGGUCUGGGCCUGGGGAACUUGUCAGCGCCCCCUUGCCUUCAGGUAGUUCAGCUGACGCUGAGAACCCCUGCGGUAGGCUGGCACUUGGCGGUGCUAGGACGGUGCACUUCUCUCACGCGAUGCCUUUCCAGUGGCCCCUCGGGAGCCCUGUGCUUGUGGUCUGCCUGCGCUGAAGACUUGGGGAAACUCCUGAUCGGAUGGCCCUUAGAUCCAGGACGAGUGAGACCCUCCACCGCAGUCCCCAAGGGUUCCGCUAUUACGGGAGCCCGUCUGUUGCAUAAAGGAUUUGGGGCAUUUGUUGCUUGACAAGCACAGCUCAUGGUUUUUUUCUUUUUGACUCUGCAUUUUGUUACCCACCUUGUUUGCCAGAUCUGGCCUCAAGUGACUGGCUUUUUAGGGGAUGAGAGGGUCUCUGAUUGAUUCAGCAGAUCCUUGCUGAGUGGCUGCUGUGUGCUGGCUGUUUGGCACACCACAGAUGACAGGACGCCCAGAGGGGGUAAGAGUGAGCGGGCGCACAGACGUAGUGCUCACUGGUUGCCGUUGGUGGCAGGAAGGAAACAGGUGCUGUGACAGAGGGCGGCUGCUGGCUUAGCGACGACGGCCAGGGAGGCCUCUGCGGACACGGCGCUCAGCUGGGGCCGGGCAGUGAGGCGGGGCCGGGGGCCUGCUGGGGAGAGCUUGGCUGGUCCUCAGAACUGCUGGGACGGGGCGAGCGAGGGCCAGGUCACCCCAGGGCUCAGAGAUCAGGGCCUGACGAGUUCGGUUCCAUUUUCGCUGAUUCUCAGUUUGAGAAUAGGAGGGUGCCUGUUCCUCUCACUUCUCUGGGCCUCACUCAGGGCCUGGCAAAUAACAGUUGCUCGGGAAGUGUUUAUUGAACACAGAACUGAUUGAGUCAGAAUGAUGGCGUGCACGGGGCGGUGGGUCCUGACGGUGGCCUUGAAUACCUCCCCCUUCCCGUCCAUCAGAUGAGACCAGUGGGAGCAAAAGAUCUCAUCAACAGUCUGUUUUAUUUAUUUAUAAUUAAAGUUUAAAUUUUGAGAUAAUUGUAGAUUCACAUGCAGCUGUAAGAAAUAACACAGAGAUCCUGUGUAGCCUUCACCCGGGUUCCCCCACUGACAACAUCUUGCAAAAUUCUAGUCCACUCCCAAGCCAGGAUUUUGACACCGAUAUGGUCAGAGCAGGGCACCGUGGCCACGAGGAGCCGUCUUCUUGCCUCUUACAGCCACUUCCCUCCCCCCAACCACGAAUCCAUCUCCGUUUCUGUAGUUUUGUCCUUUCAAGAAUGUUGUAUACACAGAAUCUUGGAGUCUGUGACCCUCUGGGCGGGUUUGUUUCUUUCGCUUAGCCUUGUCCCCUGGAUCUUCGUCCAAGCUGCACGUGUCUCAGCAGCUCAUUCUUUCUUAGGUCUGCGCUCUGCUCGUGGUGUGGGUGUAGUACUGCAUUAAGCCGUUCACCUGCUGGACACCUGGGUGGCUUCAAGUUUUUGCUUACAGAGAAGGGCGUUCUGAACAUUCAUGUGCAGGUUUCUGUGUGAACAUAAAUUUUCAUUUCUCUGGAAUAAAUGCCCAAGUGUACGAUUUCUGGAUGGUACGGUAGUUACCUGUUUUGUUUUAAAAGAAAUUGCCGAGCUGUUUCCAGGGUGGCUGUACAAUGGCUGGUUGGUUUGUUCUUUUAAAUGGCUUAAUCGAAGGGAAGACUCUUCUGCAGGACCUCUGCAUGCAGUGUACCUGGAGGCUGAGCUGCUGUGGGUAAGGGUUGGGGUGGUGCUGGGAGCCCCCCAGGACCCCUCCAAAGUCUGCAGGACCAGGAACCCGAUUAAACCAGGUCUUUCCAGCCCCCAUAGUCCUUGCUGGCUGAAAGCAGCAGCAAGAGAGGAGAGUAUUUCUACUGUACUAGUUUUAUAGUGUUGAGCUAGAGGCUUAAUAUUCUAUUUUAACUUAAAUUCUGCUUUACCCUGAGCCUAAUCUUGAGGGCCCUGCCCUGUGGUCCAUGCGAGAGAAGCAGAUUAUGUGUCUGCUGAGGAGAGGAGCCCCCCACUCGGUGCAGGGCCUCCUGCUAGAGACCUGCAUCCAUGGCUCUUUCUUUGUUCUCACACGUGUGAGAGUGUGUGUGUGUGUGUGUGUGUGCGUGCUGGGAAUUGUGCACUAGCACCAAAGGGUAUGGCUGGAGGGGGAGGGGUUGACGUGGAGGCAGCAAGACCAGGAAUCUACAGUCAGACGAGCAAGAGGAAGGAAGUAGCAGCGAAAAUAGCCUGGGUGGAGUGGGGUGUAGAAAAUAUCAAGGGGAGGACAGGAUUGCUGGUGUGGGGCUGACAGAGAGCUUCGGAGAGAAACGGGGGCAAAUAAGACUUCAAGUCCAGAAAGCGAGGCGGCUGCAGGCCGUGGAGGAGCCCCUCACCAGCAAGUGGAAAGGGGACUGAGCUAGAAACGCAGAAUGUUCAGCUUAACAAAGAAAUGACGCUGGCCAGCAACCGGAGCCUGGCAGAAGGAAACCUUCUCUACCAGCCCCAGCUGGACUCUCUGAAAGCACGUUUGACCCAAAAAUACCAGGAACUCCAGGUGCUCUUUGAAGCCUAUCAGAUAAAAAAGACCAAAUUAGAUAAACAGUCCAGCAGCGCUUCCUUGGAGACCCUGUUAGCGCUUCUGCAGGCGGAAGGGGCCAAGAUCGAGGAGGACACGGAGAACAUGGCAGAGAAGUUUCUCGAUGGAGAGCUUCCCCUGGACUCCUUCAUCGAUGUCUAUCAGAGCAAGCGGAAACUGGCCCACAUGCGAAGGGUUAAAAUCGAGAAGCUCCAGGAGAUGGUGCUGAAGGGGCAGAGACUUCCCCAGGCCCCGCCGCCGGCCCCGCUGCCCCCCAGGGUGCCCGAGCCGGUGCCCGCUGCCCCCCUGCCCUACCCCUCCCCAGAGGCCAGCGGGCCCCCCUCCGCGGUGCCUCGGCGCAUCCCUCCCCCACCGCCCCCGGUGCCUGCGGGACGCUUAGCCGCGCCGUUCGCCGCCGCCCUGGGCUCAGGACAGGGCCCCCUGCACCCAGUGGCGCAGUGCCCACCGCUGCCCCCGCGCGGGGGCCUCCCCGCACAACAGGGCUUCUCCCUGCAGCAGUUUGUGUUGCCACCGUACCCGCCGGCGCUGCCCCAGAGACCCCCGCCCCGGCUGCCUCCGCACCAGCCGGGCUUCAUCCUCCAGUGAGCGGCCCUCGCCCUCCCCGCGAGACUCCCUCGCCGGCGCCUGCUGGCCGGGUCCGCGCGCGCAGAUGGGGGCCGUGAGCACCGGCUGCUCUGCCAGGGGCUCUGGUGCUCGGGCCAGGGCGUCCAUCUGGUUGUAGAGCCGUAGGUCAGGGGUAAGCAGACGUAGAACCCCGGUUGUGGACACCUAGGCGGUUGUGCGCUGGGCCUCAGCCGGGCCUCCCCGUGGUCGCGCUGGUUUGUCUUCUCGGUGUGAUUCCUCAGUCUGGUGUUGAAGUCGUGAGUUUGGGAAAAGGCUCCCCCCACCGCCUCCGUUCCCACGUAGGAUCGUGGUCCUCCCGUUGCAGCUUUAUUUAAUAAGCAUGGUUCAUCAUUUCUGCUUUAUUUUCAAGACGGUUCUGUGUGUCCCAGCCCACCGCCCACCGCAGCCUCUGGUGGGGGUCGGUCGGUGGGCCAGCCCGGAAGGUGCUUACUGAACCCGUGUGGGGCGGGCGGUCCUCACAGCCCCUCCCUCCCCUGAACCUGGAUGCUUCAAAGCCACCCUCGGAGUUUGCACUUGGCCCACUGCCACGUCCAGAGGCCGGGCGAGUUGCAGCCGGGUGAGGAGGUGGCCGGGAGCUGGACUUUGCACAGCAAAUGACGGCCCCAGCUCCUCCUCCUCUGCCUCCGCCUCGAGCCAGCCCGAGGCUCUCUAUGAAGAAAUACUCCUCCAAUAUUUUUACUAUGUGUGUAAUUUUCCUGUUUUAUAUUGGGAAAGAAAACUUUUUUGACACUCAUAAGACCAUUCAGGGAAACUUCAUGAAAAACGCACAUACUGUUCUGAGCAGGUUGAGAAUACAGAUGACGUGAACGCAGUUUCCUUUCUUGCAAGCAGUGCACGGUCGCCCCUGCGGGGGCCCGUGCUGUGCCUUAGCUUACCUGGUGCCAGGAGUGGCCGGCCAGGCGCUGGGGCGGCGUCACCAGCCGCUGCUGCCCCUGCGGCUCUGCGUUCCUUGUCGUGUUACAGGUGGAAGAAAAGCCCACCCACCUUGAACCAGAAUACCCUUAGCCAAUAUUCUCUGCCUCUGACUGGGCCUUGGGGCAGGGGUGUGACAGAGGGAUGCCAGCAGCAUCUCAGCUCGGCCUGGAGAAAGCCUGCCCCGCAGCGUUAGGGAGGUACCAACAAGCUCUGAUGCUCUGGCAACACCCCGGGCUCUGCCUGCCCCCUGGGUUCUCAUCCGCACGUGCCAUGUGUGCUGGAUUCCCAGGGCCCCAGGCGGGGCUGGGGGUAGAGUUGCCGCCCACCUGUUGACCAAAAAAGGCCCGUGUGCUCAGUUGUGGAACUCCUGACUCCGGCCUGUGACUCCCCAGCUGGCUGCUGCCCAGGUGACGGAACCCAGGCAGAGCUCACACGGGGUCUGUCCUGGCAGGCCCUGGGCGAGGCCACCAACCUUUGUCCUCAGUUACUGUACAUUUCUACUCCUGGACUUGAACUCUGCUGUAUCGUAAUUGUUUUUAAAGAGAACUGCUGCAUAGGACGAUUUACCGCCCUGCCAAUCAGGUGGGCCUGUUCACGUCUGUGAAUCUCGAGAGUGGUGCCACCCACCCUGUACCUCUGCCGCCUGCAAGGGGCACAGCCAAACGUGUGAGCUCGGCGUUGAUGUGGGGGAGGGCCGCCAGGCUGGCCUUGCCGUCUCCAGGGCCACAUCUGCGCUGUGGUUGUAAAGCUGUUAAGACCCUUUUUAAUAAAUAGAGAAUUGUUAAUAACGGCCCUGUCCUUUAUUUGCCUGGGGACCCUCAUGACGUGUUUGGUUCUAGAGUAUCAGCAAUCAGCGUUCCAACAGUGAGGCUGGCUGGUGUGGCUCUUGAAGUUACAAAAACUAAAGGCCACUGAGGUGGCUGAAGUGGCCGCCUGGCCCUAACAGCAGAGUUGUUCUUGAUCCGAGUUUCUCACCUGCGUCCAAAGAGUCAGAAGGAAGCGUGCUCCUCCUGUGUCGGGGUGUCUUUGGGAUCUUAGCCGCCCUGCCAGGGCCGCAGCAGGGGACUCAGGGUGCCCCCUGGGCUCAGUCCCCCCCCCCGGCUUCUGUCCACAGGGCCAGCUGCACAGCUGAUGGAAACUCUACUUAAAACAUUCUCUGCUGAUUUCAAGUAAAUGAUACAAUCCUGUGGCUGGCAUUUUGCUCUCGAGACUCGCCCACAGGUGUUUAAAGGGGACCCAUGGCUGAGUCACGCGCUGCUGGCGGCUGGGAGGAGGGACCUCACUGCCCGCUGGCGCCUUUGUGCCCCUGGGAGGGACUCUCCUCAGGGUGUUUGUGGAGCAGGAGCACGAAGCAGCCCCGUGAAAACUUCCCUGUCACUGUGUCCUCUGAACGGAUGCCAUUGCCUUCGCAGCACGGUGCCAGGAGGGCGUCUAGGAGACACUGCUAUGCUUCUCCUGUAAGAGGGAAGCGUUUCCUGAGAAAUCAUCUUGCUUUUGUUUAUGAGAAUGUGUCUGACAGUUUUGUCUUUUCCCAGUGGCUGCUGGGAAGCUUACAGCCAAAUCUGCAGUCCAUCCCCCCUGGGGGCGCUGGGCUGGACAGAGCCACGUGUGACUCUCUCCUCCCUCCUCGGGGCCGCUUUGCUCACGGGACAGCCAGGGAGGACCAGUGCCUGACCUCAGCCGACUGGUAGGUGCCGCGCGUGCUCACUGACGACCUAGGUGCGGUCGGCUCACGCCAUCCUUCACUGGUUUGGAUCUGGUGAGAGAACCGUCUGCUUUAGUCUGUUUGCCGGAGCGGUUUUCCUUGCAAACAGGGACCAGACACCGCUCCCUCUCACUGCCCUUCCGGUUCACGGAGGCUGCUUUUCAAAGCCCUUUCUCACCUGACCACACCCGCCCCCUCACAGCCCCACUUCAUCCUCCGGGAAACCGAGGCAGGGGGAGUGGCGUGCUUGCUACGCGGCAGGAGCCACACGAGGUGCCCUUUUCCUCCCCUGACCUGCACUGUCCUUUGGAUCCACAAAUGCUGGUGACCUUGGGGGAGGGGUGCGGUUGCUGAGGGCAGCCGGCCAUGGGGUGCUUUCAGGGAAAGUGGGUGCGGACACAGCCAGCUGCGUGCUCAGGAACCUAGACGCCUGGUAAGUUCUCCAGUGUCAAGGCUCGUUUGGCCACUCCAGUCAAGUCCAGCCAGGGGGUCAGGGUCACCACCAAGCUCAGAUGUGAAAUUCAGGUAAAAUUUGUAACUGAGGA